AGAGUUGCCUCGUGCGAGUUUCCACUUCUCUCACUCUUCAUUAUUGUUCCAAUUAGUCACUCAUUGGGGACCCCAGGGGGAGCAUUAGAAACCAGUGACACCCCUAGGAAUACCCUCAAGAAGAACCUCUCGGACGAGAGGCUUUGGCACAAACCUGAAAUGGUUAAAGGGAACGAAAGGCACUCAAACAAGUGGAUUAAGAAGUAGUGUCUGGGAAGAGAAGGGGCUAGGAGAAGUUGCAGCUUGUGCUACUGAGGGAGAAAUAAUCACAAUGUUGCCUUCUCAUGAAUUAUUAAGUAGCCCCUGGCUUCUUUUAGCACUGGUCUAAAUGCUGCAUUUUUAUCCAUGGGUCUGAAGCGGAGAGCAAGGGUGUUUUUUUGACAGCUGUAUUACUGCUGAUAAGCAAGACUCAGCAAGCUGAUCAAGUAGUGAGACAAGAAGCUGGCAUAGCCUCAGCAAGCAGCAGCAGCACAGUUCUCGGGGUUUUUUUUUUUUUUUUUUUCUCCUUCUGGUAGUUGGGAUCUGUUUAGAUGACAAUAGGUAGGAAAGCAAGGAAAAACAGUAAGGUUGAUAGCUGUUAUCCAAGUAACCAGACGCAGACCUGGCUGCCCACAUGCCGAUCGAAUUUGUUUGCAAAAUUAAAUUUGCAGAGGAGGAUGAGAAGCAGAAAGGCAAGCAGGAAGGGGACAAGGAGAGCCUGAUUGAAGAGACCUGUGCACCUCCAACCAAGGACCUGGCUGGCUUUGCCAACUCCUGUGCCCUUCACGGGAUUAAUCACAUCUUCGUUUCUGGGAGGUUAGGUAUCAAGCAGACCCUCUGGGCACUGGCCUUCUUGGUGUCACUUGCUUUCUUUUUGUACCAGGCGGCCAAGUGUGCCAUUUUUUACUUGGAGCACCCCCACGUCACAGCUUUGGACGAGGAGGCUAGCCCGGAGAUGGUCUUCCCUGCAGUGACCAUAUGCAACAUCAACCGCUUUCGCUUUUCUGCACUCACCGAUGCCGACAUUUACCACCUGGCUAACUUGACCGGGCUACCUCCAAAGAAUAAGGAUGGUCACAAAGCAACAGAUUUGGUAUACCCGGAGCCCAACAUGGAAGAUAUCUUUAACAGGACAGGGCACCAACUAGAAGAGAUGCUAAUGAGCUGUAACUUUAGUGGGGAAAACUGCUCUGCCAAGGACUUUUCGGUGUUCAGCCAAAGACCCUCCCUCUCAAUGACAUCAUCAUUGGUCCACCCACUGUUGACACCACUUCCGGCAAACCCUGAUGACAUCAUUUCCGGUACCCAGAAUCCCCUUCCUUCCACAGCAGUUCCUGUUCCGGCUGCCCUUACUCCACCUCUUCCUCCUAUCCACCAUAUUUAUAGAUCAGUCUCAACCUGUUAGUCAGUUCAGUUGUGAGGUCUGUUUAUGUAAAGACGUGUUUUUUUUUGCUGAUUUUCAGUAUACGGGGUGGCCAUCCCCAAACCUUUUCCUGUCUGAUGCCUAAUUUUUUAU